UGUUAUUGGCUGUCUCCGGACCUCAAGGAUAACAUUCCUGUCCUUUCCAUUGGCCACCCCGCUGCUGCAAGCCUCUUCCCGUCUUAUUUUGAUGAUGAAUAUGAAGGCAUGCUAAGCUGUGCCGGAGAGCAGCUCUCGCCGACUACACUCCCACCCCGGGCUCAAGGACUCCAGAGCUCCCCGGCUGCUUCCCCUGCCCACUGCCAGCAGCAGCAGCAGCACCAGCAGCAGCAGCAGCAGCAAAGCCAAAAGUUGUGAUGCUUUUCUUCACCCAGUGCUUUGGGGCUGUGUUAGAUCUUAUUCACCUGCGGUUUCAGCACUACAAGGCAAAGAGGGUUUUCUCAGCUGCUGGGCAACUUGUCUGUGUUGUCAACCCAACACACAGCCUCAAGUAUUGAAGCUCCUUGCGCUUUAUAGAAAAAGAGGCUCCCGAACCUGGUCCCUUCCAUUCCCAUUUUAUUUCCAGCAAUCACUGUCACCUGGCUCAUAAUCACCCAUUAAACAGUCACAGUAAGCCCCACCACAUCCUUCCUCCCUGCCACCACCACGAAGUGGUGCACGACCCCCAGCUGGUCCCCUGCACGUGCCCGCUCUUCUCCUGCCCGUGGGAAGGGCACCUGGAGGUGGUGGUGUCCCACCUGAGGCAGACCCACCGCAUCAACAACCUUCAGGGCGCGGAGAUUGUCUUCCUGGCCACGGACAUGCACCUGCCCGCACCCACGGACUGGAUCAUCAUGCACUCUUGCCUUGGCCACCAGUUUUUGCUGGUCCUCAGGAAGCAGGAGAAGUAUGAGGGCCACCCCCAGUUCUUCGCCACGAUGAUGCUGAUUGGCACGCCCACCCAAGCCAACAACUUCACCUACCGGCUGGAGCUCAACAGGAACCAGAGGCGCCUCAAGUGGGAGGCGACGCCCAGGUCGAUACUGGAGUGUGUUGACUCUGUCAUUUCGGACGGGGACUGCCUCGUGCUGAACACUUCCCUGGCUCAACUCUUUUCUGACAACGGAAGCCUAGCGAUAGGAAUUGCGAUAACCACCAGCAAAGUUCACAGCUCUGAAGCUGAAAUGUGA